AUGCUACUAUAUAGCCUUCUCGCUACUUCAUCAGAUGAUGCUCAGCCAUCCGUUCCUGGAUCCAUACGAUGGGAUCCUGAUGGGUUCCUGACCUACGAUUCGGAACAGUGUCUUUCCACACCAACUUUAAGUAAUAUCUCUUUCAGACCGCACUCUGAGGCAUUGAAUUGCAUUCGCGUAGUACGCACUAGUCGCUAUCGGCCGGACUGCAAAAGUGUAGGCCUCUCUGAAACGGGCUCUUAUUUGACUCGCCGACAGCAAGGCAACUGUGACCAUCGAACCUGCACUCGUCUUGUUGAGACCUACGCCAAGCGAUACGACGCCAAAAGAUGUGGUUGUGCCUGGGAGGUGGUCUCUCGACGAAGAUGCACAUGUUGCGGUGAGCUUCUGAGAGUAUUCGAAAUCGGCUUAAAACGCCUCUCUCUUUAA